AUGCCUUCAAUACAAAUUCUACUAGAACCAAAGUCAAUGAAAUACUACGCGAGAGAAGCGGCAAUGACAAUUCGUGAGCGAAUCAAGGCAAUGAAAUGGGAGGAUAUUCACCCAAAGCAUCACCUUGACACGAUUUUUAUGUUGAUUAACAGUUGUUAUUUGAUUCUUGGAGUAGCUUCAGUGGUGACUGGGAUUUGGUUGUUCAAAGAGAGAGACGAUUUCUUGGAGUUGACCCCAGCUGGAUAUGCUCCUUUAAGUAGUGCCGGCUUUUGUGUAUUCUCAGGCCUUGUCAUUUGCGUCAUCGUCAUUGUGGGCAUCUACGGUGUUAACGCGCAAAGCAAAAAGCUUAUAAUCACUUACAUCGUUUUUGUCGGUUUUCUCAUCACGAUCCAACUGGUUGUCGGCUUUUUCGGUUUUUACACAAAGCAAGGUGUUCGCGAGCAGAUUAAACAAGACAUGAAGCAACAUAUCAAAUUGCAAAGUAUUAAAACGAGAAAUGGGCAAGAGAUGAAUAUCACUCUGUCGUGGAGUCAUUUACAAAGAAGUCUUCAAUGCUGCGGCAUUGAUGGCCCAUCGGAUUGGCAUUUCAACAAUCGUUGGCCAAAAAAUCGUUAUGUGCCCGAUUCGUGUUGUAAAGAGGCGGCUUUUGAUCAUAUGGAAGCGGAUAUUCGUGGUUGUGGAAAACAUCCAAAUGCUCCAUAUAUUUAUCAAAAUGGUUGCUAUGAAGCGUUUGCUGAUUGGCUUUUCAUCAAUCAACAUAUCGUCUCUACAAAUUGUGCAGUACUCUUAAUUUUUGAGGCAGCUGUACUAGCCGUUUCUUGGCUAAUCUUUCAACGAAUCAAUGGCAUAAAAAAAGCGAAAUCUGAUCGGAAAAAGAGAAAAGAUUUAGUGACAAGAGCAAGAUCUGUUUCAGAAAGUGUCGCAAUAAUGGAUGUUGAUUUAAAAGAUGAAACAGCAUUGAUUAAUCAUCGGAUAAAAGACGAGAUUCAAAUGGAAGAGAAUGGGAACAGGACACUGCACGAUCUGGAGACAAAUGUGAGAAGUGAGAUUCCACCUGAAGAUCCAAUUGGGCAAAGA